GUCCACCACCAAGUAAUACAAGUACUCGAGUAGACCCUUUUCCUUUCAAACAUAAGUUACCUCUACCCGCUCUCUACUCCCUUCUUCCGGAGCUCUCUACCAAAGACAAACACUUGAUAGUACCUAAAAUACCUGCAUAUUCCCUUACUCUAUUCUCUUGUUUAGAGACAAUCUUCUUCAAUUACGAGAUGGUGUCCUCAAAUGCUAUUGGAGCAGCUGUCGAUCAGGAUAGUUUGUUCAUUGCGCUCAUUGAUUUCUCUCUCUUCCUUCAUGGCGAUGAGCAGGAAAGGGUGGCCGUUGCAAAGGGAAUGGUAGACGGUUUCAAAGACGCUGGUUUCAUAUAUAUUAAGAACCAUGGAAUUCCCCAAGAAGCAAUUGACCGAGUGUUUGCUGAAUCGGCCACAUUUUUCAAGAGACCUAAAGUUGAAAAGGAAGCUUUAGCAUGGACAAGUCCUCGGUCCAACCGUGGCUAUGUGUCGCAUGGCCGCGAAAAACCUUCUGCGGUCCAAGACAAAGCAUUCAUCGACUCCCUCCGCCUCGUCAACCCUGACCUCAAAGAAUCAUUUGAAAUCGGAAGGGAUGACGAACCCGAGUACCCAAACAACUGGCCGGAAGACCCUGAUUUUGUUUCAGUCAUGAAGACCUUCUUCCUAACUUGCAAAGACCUGCACAUAGAUGUCAUGCGUGCUAUCGGAUUGGGGCUCGGACUUAAAAAGGGCUUCUUCGAUGAGUAUACAGACAAGGGGGAUAAUACCCUCAGACUCUUGCAUUAUCCCAGCACCCCUAAGGAGAUAUUUGUAAAGAAUAAGGGCCAAGUGCGUGCUGGGAAACAUACUGAUUACGGGAGCAUUACACUUUUGUUUCAGGACGACCGCGGGGGACUUCAAGUCCGUAGCCCGGUGGGGACCUUCGUUAACGCUAUGCCCAUUCCUGGCACAAUCGUAAUAAACGCAGGCGACCUCCUCGCUCGUUGGUCCAACGACAUAAUUCGUUCAACUGAACAUCAAGUAGUUGAACCGCCGAUUCCCCCCGAAUCGGACAUUUACCCGGCUCGCUACUCUUGCGCGUACUUUUGUAACCCGAACUUUGAUAAGUUUAUUGAGGCUAUCCCAGGCACAUAUGUUUCUGAGGCAGAUAAGAAGUAUCCCGGUAUCAACGCCGGCGAUUACUUGGCGCAGAGACUGGAGCAAACGUACUUGUGAUGGAACAAAUCCUAACCUCCCUGACCAGCUGUCAAUAUACCCGGAGGGGUGCUCUUGCUGUCUUCUCGUAGAGAAGUUUCAUUCUCGCUCCUAGCUGUCGUGGGAUUGGGUUUCGUUUCAUCACUUCAACACCUAAAGUAGGCGAGUGAUUAUUAAUGAUUGUGAUACCACUCAUUUAUUCUUGUGGUAAUAAAACAUGUUUCAACGCUCCUAA